CAGCGCACGCUCUGUUUACGCUGAUCUGAUCUCACCUCGUUAUUGUUAACAGCGCGCGCGCUUGUCUUCGUCAGUAAACAGAGCUCACUGACAGCUGAUUUAUCGCUUUGUGUCAGACGGGAUGGUUUGCUUUGUGAGCUGUUAGAUCACAGGUUUUUUAUUUCCUCCUAAUGCACUGAUGAGCCUCGACACAAUGAAGUCAAAUAUACCGUACGAAAAGAUGGAUGAUGUGGAGCUAAGCAGAGGAGAAACACAUCUUGGCUCACAAAAGUAUUACAGGUGCCUGAUCAUCCUCACCUGUUUAACCACAAUACUGCUGAUCCUCCUGUCACUCCAAGCCCUGCUUCUUCCCAUGGCAACAUCCUCAUCCUCAAAAUCAUCUGGGCAGAAGGAGCAUCUUCUAAUCAGAGAAACCUGUAAUGAUCCCUGCAGGAUUGUUUUAGUGGAGAGUAUUCCUGAGGGACUGGUGUUUAACUCCUCAACCACUCAUCAGUCUGUAUAUGAAGCCUGGCUCAACCUUAUAUCUAGUGCUCAAAGCAGUCUGGACAUUGCCUCCUUCUACUGGACUCUCACCAAUGAUGACACGCACACACACGAGGCCACAGCCAAUCAGGGUGAGCAAAUUCUGGAGGAGCUAGGGCAGCUCUCGGGGAGAGUCUCUGUCCGAAUUGCAGUUGAUAAACCAUCAGAGAAAAAACCUAUGAAUGACAUUAAGUUCCUGACUGAUUCUGGAGCUGAUGUGCGGAUGGUGAACAUGCGAGAGCUAACGACAGGUGUGCUGCACACGAAGUUCUGGAUCGUGGAUAAGAAGCACAUCUACAUAGGAAGCGCCAAUAUGGACUGGAGGUCACUAACACAGGUGAAGGAGUUGGGUGCGGUUGUGUAUGACUGCAGCUGUCUUGCUGAGGAUCUUGGGAAGAUCUUCGAGGCUUAUUGGUACCUGAGUCAGACCACGACCGUCCCUGCACACUGGCCCCAAGAAUACUCCACCCUGUACAACAAGGACACGCCCAUGCAGCUGUCACUCAAUGGGACCGAUGCCAGCGUCUAUCUAUCUAGCUCUCCUCCUUCACUGUGCGCCGAGGGCCGGACUCCAGACCUGCAGUCUAUCCUCAGCGUGAUCACUGAUGCCCAGCAGUUCGUCUACAUCGCUGUGAUGAACUAUCUCCCCACUAUGGAGUACUCCAGACACAAAAGCUACUGGGUGGAUAUCGACACCCAGCUGCGGCGCGCGGCUUAUGAGCGUGAUGUUCGUGUGCGUCUGCUGAUCAGUUGUUGGGAAAAUACCAACCCCAUCAUGUUCCCUUUCCUCCGCUCGCUAGCUUCCUUACAGUACAAGAGCAAGCUGGACAUUCAAGUGAGAAUUUUUACUGUGCCUUCCGACGCUCGACAGAAACACAUUCCCUUUGCCAGAGUCAACCAUAACAAGUACAUGGUCACAGAUAAGGUUGCUUAUAUAGGCACGUCUAAUUGGUCAGGGGACUACUUUGUGAACACAGCUGGAUCUGCGUUAGUGGUGAACCAGACUUCAGCUCAGUCCACAAGCCCCACAGUCCAGGAGCAGCUGCAGGCAGUGUUUGAGAGAGACUGGGACUCUUCAUACAGCACUGACAUCAACCACAAGACCAACCGCAAAGACCUCUGCUAGACCAGGCUUCACACUGCAGGGGGCGCUGGAGAGUGCAAAACACUGGCAUUUUCUGGAGGAUAGUUUUUAGGGCAUGUACAGUCCUGCUCUAUUUCUGGGUUGCACUUCAUUUAACAAAAAAAUAAUUAUAUUAUAAUGAUGUCACUCUCACCUCUGACCAGUUGCAUAUAUUUUGCACAAAAUGCCAAUGCAAUGAUAUACCUCUUAACAGAAACACUUCAACAUAGUUUCUCAGGAAGAAAUCGUAUUAGCAUUGAUUCAGUGUAUUGUAUUGUUGCUUUCUCUUUCUAAAGUGAUUUCAGUUGCUGCAUUUAUAAAUCAGAUCUGACUCGAAGAAGCAGGGUUGCUGGAUUAAUAACCAGUCUGUUGUCAUGAACGUCUGAACGCAUCUGUUGUUAGGUCACCACUACUUGACUG